AUGAAAAUCCGCCUGCAACCAGAUAUCGGUCCCGGAGGUGAGCCAACUACACUCUACCCAGUAUUCCGACUAAAAUUAGACGAGCUCUUUAUCCGUUGGUUCACGGAUACUAUCACUCAGCGCAACCUCCAUAAUCUACUUAAGGAACUUCAAUGUGCUGAUGACCCAGCCACAAUUCCAAUUCCCUCUGGUUUUCUCAAUAGUUACAAUACCGACGGCAGUGUUGAGACUGAUUUUCUUGAUGGAGUCGUUGGUCCCAUGGUUGCCUCUGCAUAUGCUGCUUUUGGUGGUGCUGCCGUCUGGGACGAGGCAAACGCUAGCCGGCUGCCUGGUUUGCACCACUCUAACGUCUCAUCAAUGACUGGAGGUGCCUACCAUCAUACCGGAGUUGAUCAGGGCGUUCAACGUGUCUGGGGCCUGGAAUCAGGACUCAGUGGAGCAGGCGUGGCUAGUGGGUCAUUGGCUUCUCCUCGACCCAGUACUCCGCCCCACUUUCCCCAGCCUCCGCAUCACCAUAAUUUACACCACCAACAACAACAGCAAACUCAACACCAGCAUUCCAGCAAACUUUUCGGGCUCCGAUCACCUAGAAAAAUUGUCAGUGCACUGAACGGUCUUGCUCAAGCGAAAGGAGUGGUCAAUGUCUCUGUCAGAUCUGGCCAACCCGUCACCCCAGUAGUCACUGCUGCAGGGACUGUUAUGAUGAUAUCGAAGCCUAAAGGUUACAACUAG